AUGAACUCGCCAUUCCCCCAAUCCUCCUCUGUCGACGGGAAGGGGCGCAUUGUCGUGCGCCUGCUUCCCAAGGGCAUUUCUGGGCUCGAGGUCUUCGAGUUCCAGUACCCACUCAAACUCGUCACCCCCAAACACCCGCCCCCGACCAGCGCCCUGGUGUAUCUCCUCUCCUACGGCGGCGGCCUCGUCGGCGGCGACAAGGUCAACCUGACCAUCCACGUCCAGCCCGGCGCGCGGCUGAGCCUGGCCACGCAGGGCCACACCAAGAUCUUCAAGUCGGCGCGCCCGGACAUCGUCACGCGCCAGACCAUGCACGUUGAUAUUGACACCGGCGGCGCCGUCUGUCUUCUCCCGGACCCGGUCCAGCCGUUUGCGCGCAGUGUUUACGAGCAGACGCAGAUCUUCAAGCUGGCGCGGAACGCGUCGCUGUGUCUGCUUGACUGGGUUAUUGAAGGCCGGUCGGCGUUGGGCGAGCACUGGAGUUUUGUCAAAUGGGUCGGGCGCAACGAGGUAUGGGUGGCUGCAGCUGGAACUGGUGGUGCUCAGGACCGGCUGCUCGUGAGAGAUGUAGCCAUCCUCGAUGGGCAAAAGGCGCACCCCCAGCUGCCCGGCCUACGGGAGUCCAUGAACGAGCUGACGCUAUUCGGGACGCUCAUCCUACGGGGUCCACUGAUGAAGGCGGUUGGGGAGUUUUUCCUGGCCGAGUUUGCGGUGCUUCCGCGGCUGGGGGCUCGCGACUGGCGGAGCGACGAUGCACAGCGCUCGGAUGAGUCGGAUACGCUGCUGUCUCCACGGGAGAAGUGGAGGAAGGAGAGGUUGCAGAAGGAAAAGGAGGGCAAGGUGCUGUGGUCUGCGGCUAGUGUUAGGGGCUGUGUUGUUGUCAAGUUUGGGGCCCCAACGUUUGAGGCGGGCCGGUUAUGGUUAGGGUCGAUGUUGGCCGAAGAGGGGAGUAUUUCGAAGAACUUUGGCGAGCAGGCGCUGAUGUGCUUGAGGUGUCCUACUUCAUUUAUCACCUUUGCGAUCAGUGUAACAAACCAACAAACACCCACCACACCACCGCGACUGACGAUGGAGACCUCGGACAACAACACCGCGCCAACGACGAGCUCGCCGGCGCCAACGUCGUCUGCGCGCCGCUCCGGACGCGUUACAAAAGUACCCGCCAAAUUCAUCCCCGAUGCGCCGACGCCGAGCGCGGCCACGAAGCGCAAGCGCCAGCACACGGAUCACGACGACGAUGACGCGGAAGACGCGGGGAACGAAUCGGCCGAGGGUGAUGAUGAAGCUGAUGCGGCUGCGGGCGAGGCGAGUGAUUUGAACGAUGAUGACGACGAUAAUGACGAUGGUGAUGAUGACGAUGGCGACCAUGGAGCGAAGCGCACGAGCAAGAAGAGCAAGAAGCAGAAGUCGUCGCAGGCUGCGCGAUCGAGGAAACCGGCGGCGAAGAAACCGAAGGUUAAUGGCGACGCGUCGACGACGAAUGGGGCGCUGCACGCUGCUCAACUGCCUAGUAGGCCGAAGAAGGCGGUGCGCAUUGCCAUCGCGCAGAAUGAUGCGGAGGGGUUGUAUGCCGACAUUUUUGCGUCUGGCGAUUCUUCCGACAAGGUCGCGACAGAAUGGUACCACAAGUACCAAGAAGAUGAUGCCGCGGCUGUGACCGAUCUGGUAAACUGCAUCUUGCUCUCGGCCGGAUGCGACCAGCAGGUCACGCAGGAUGAUAUUCGGGAUCCCGAGAACUGCUCCAACCGGCUGGCCGAUCUGCAGAAUGUGUACACUGAGGAGGGCAUCACCGACUACCCGCUCAUCGCCAAGGCUAAAUUGACCAAGCCGUUCCGCGACCUGCUAGUCGGCUUUUUCAAGUCUCUCGUGACGGUCCUGCACGAGACCGACGUGCUGUACAAGGACAGCGCGCUCAUGGAGAACAUCGCGAGAUGGGUGGCCUCCAUGUCCUCGUCCACCCUGCGGCCCUUCCGACACACAGCAACCACGGUCGCACUCGCAAUGGAGGCCGCGCUGGUGGAGGUCGCACGCAAGCUGGACGACCGCAUCACCAAGAUGACGCAGCAAGUCGACGCCGAAAAGAGCCGCAAGGGCAAGAACAAGGACCGGCUCAAGGUCAUCCAGGAGACGCUCAACGAGGCCGAGCAGAACCGCCAGCUAUGCCAGGAACAGGUGACCGAUUUCUUCGAGACCGUCUUCGUCCACCGAUACCGCGAUAUCGACGCCAAGAUCCGGACGGAGUGUGUGGAAGCGUUGGGUACUUGGAUCUGGCUGCUGCCGACCUUUUUUGAGAAGCCCGAGUACUUGCGGUAUCUCGGCUGGAUGUUGUCGGAUAUCACCGCGCCUACUCGGCAAGAGGUGCUCAAGCAGCUAGCCCGGAUACUGAAGCGCGACGGAGAGAAGCUGGGCCAUUUCAUUGACCGCUUCCGGCCGCGGCUCGUCGAGAUGGCUACUAAGGACGCAGAUGUCUCCGUGCGGAUUGCUGCGGUGUCCGUGAUCCAGAUUCUCAAAGACACGGGCAUGCUCGAGCCCGAUGAGAUCGACGCGAUCGGCCGGCUGGUGUUUGACUCGGAGCUGCGCGUGCGGCGGGCCGUCAUCGACUUCUUUGCUGGCUGUGUCAACGACUCGAUCGAGACCAAGGUCGAGGAGAUGGGCGGCGCGGAAGCCGUGGACGAGAUCUUUGGAGACGACGAGGACGACGACUACUCGGCGCCCCGCCGCGACUGGAUCAGCAUCAAGUGCCUCGCCGAGCUGCUCGCGGCCUACGAUACGCAGCUUGAGGAGGAAAACCAGACCCUGCCCGUCCGCGGCCUGGAUAUUGCCGUGGAGAUGGUCCAGGCCGUGGCGCCCGAGACGCGCAUCUCGCUAGCGUCGCAGGUGCUGUACGAGAAGAUUGACCAGGUGAAGAACUGGGAGCUGCUGUCGGGUUAUCUGCUGUAUGAUCACACGACGAGUACCAAGUCGCGGGCCUCGGGCAAGCGGUCCUCGAGUGAGACUGCGCUGAAGAAUGCGGUAAGCCCGGAGGGUAAUGAGGAGUCGGUGCUGCUGGAGGUUCUGGCGUCUGCCGUGAGGCUGAGCCUCGCGUCGUCGGAAGCGGACCGGGGGAAGCGUAAGAUACGGCCGGACGCGGGCGAUGUGGCCGAGGAGUCAGCGGUGCACUUGGCCGGGGCCAUCCCCCGUUUGCUGAACAAGUACGGGGCGGACGCGAGCACGGCCGUGGUUGUCUUGCGGUUGGAACACUCGCUGCCUCUUGAUGUGUUCCAACAACUGCGGCAGGACUCGACAACGUACAACCGUCUCCUAGAUGAGAUCUGCACUCAGUUCGACAGACACGUCGACAGGGGCGUCCUGGCCGAGGCGACUACAGCGUUGUUGCAUGCUCGACAGUACGACGAACUGGCAGAGAUCACCGACACCAAGAUCGCCGAGCUGUGGGAGACGGUGCUCAACGCAUUCCGGCAUUUCGACCGGAACCACGACCUCGUCACCCGCGGCGACCUCGAACCGGCCGUCAUCACCCAGUUUGCCGGCGUGCUCCUCAAGAUCAGCAAGCUAUCAAGCAUCGCCGACUGCGCCGAGCUGCUCGAGGCAGACGGCCCGGAUGCCGAUUCGCAGAACCCGGCCAUCCAGGUCCUCGUCAACACCGUCCACCGCGGCAAGCUGGACGUAGUCGUCGAAGAGCUCGACGACAUCGAAGACGAAGCCGUCUCCUACGCCAUCCAAGCAUCCCACUUCUACUUCAUGUGGAAGGUCCGCACUCUCCUAACCGCCGUCCAAUCGUCCACCCCGAUCCCCGCCCGCACCAUCGAGCGCCUGGCCGCGCUCCGCAAGACCUACUCCACCAACCUGAUCUGGACGCUCUCCUCGCGCGGCACCAACGACGAGCUACGCCUGUUCGCCACCGGUGCGCUCUGCGAUCUCCACGUGCUGUUCGCAUCUCUUCGGGAAGCCGUCAAGCAAACCUCGCGCGAUAACAACAACACUAUCUACAACCACCUCACCCCGCUCUUCGACCCCAUCGUCCCGGGCCUCACCAACGAACUCAUCGAGAUCUAUCACGCCGCCGAGCGCGCCUACGCCCGCAUCACCAAGCGCACCCUCAACAACCCCACCGCUGCCGAGCACCGAGCACCACCACCCGCCAGCAACUCCAACUCCGACGACGCAGCCAACCCCCCCCUCGAAGAGGAUGAACCAGAAGAGGACGAAGAUGACGACGAAGAAGACGAAGAAGAAGCCGCCGCCGACGCCGCCAUGACACCCACAGAACGCAAAGGCAAAGAACUCAAACUCGAGCGUGCGCUGUGUGAGUUGGCCGGGAAACUGGUGCUUGCUAUUUUGGCUGGUAUGUUAGAUGGCUCGGGCUCGGGCUCGGGCCGGUUGCGUAGGCGCAUGUUGCGGAAUCAGACGAGGCUGGGACCGAAUUUGAGGGAGACGUUGGCGUUUUUGGAUGAGGGGAAGUUGAGGGAACGGGUGGCGGCUGCGGCUGCUUCUGCUGGUGGUGCUGAGGAUGGGAUUACGGGGUUGGGGAAGAAGAAGGCUAGGCCGAGGAGGGGGGUGGCGGCUGCUACUGGGAAGGGGUCUCGCGCCACUGCUGCGGCGGCACCGCAGAAGAAAAAAGCGGCGUUGAGUGAGGAGAUUAUUGUUGGGGAUGACGAUGACGAUGAUGAGGGUUCAGAGUUGGAAUUGGGGCUGGACCCGGUGGAGGAUGUGGAUGUUGAUGUGGAGGAGGGGUCGAGGGAGGAUUUGAGGCGAAGGGAGUUGUUGGAUGAUCCGAUUGAGGAGGAUGAGGAUGAGGAGGGAGACGGUGGGGGGGAUAAGAUGGAUGAGGAUGAGAGUGUGUUGGGAGAUUGA